AGAAGAAGAGGGAGAAGGAGAAGCAGAAGAAGAAGAAGAGGGAGGAGAAGCAGAAGAAGAAGGAGAAGGGGAAGAAUCAGAGCAGUUACAUGACUUGACCAACAGAUGUCGUGUUUUCAUCGUUUCAGCCUUUAUUUUCAUCUCCCGUGCAAAACAGAUAAUAUAUAUACAGUGUGCAGUAGGUGGCAGUGAGGUUUAUUUAGGGGGGUGGGCUGUCAUUAAACAGAAGAAGAAAGUUUUAGCACCCUGCAUAGUGCAUUACAUUUACAGUAAUGGAGUCAUUGGCUGUGUUUUGGUAAACCCUGACGUCAGAAACAUUUGGCGCGAAACAAUAAUAAUAAUAAAGAUGGCGGAGGAGCUUGCAGGCACUGUGAAGUGUCCCGUUUGCGCCGGGGAUUUUACGUCCAGCGAAAUUAACUCUCACUUGGAUAAAUGUUUGGAUCAAGGCUGGAAAAGCGAGGACGACCUUCGAGCAAGUGCCGGGCCUCCGGCUAAAAAGUCCCGCGUUAGCAGCGAGGCUAAAAGCGGCUCUGGAGCUGGGACUAGUGGGGCGGAAGUGAAACCAAAUCGACCUCCAGGUGCCGUGUUUUCAAUGUUCGACACCAAGAAGUCGUUUUUAUCGUCCAGACAGACUGCUACUGAAGGUAUGUCACGCGACACGGCGGCGCCUAGCAACGCGCAUGACAGCGCGACACUUCCGGUUUCGGAUUCAGGAACCCGGAAGCGCAGUGAUGAAGCCGAGGCGCUGAACCAGAGGUUGCUGAACUCAGACAAACCUCUGGCAGAGAAGAUGAGGCCCAGCACCCUGGAGGAGUAUUUCGGGCAGAAUAAAGUGUUAGGAGAACACACACUUCUCAGAGCGUUGCUGCAGUCACAGGAAGUUCCCUCGCUCAUCCUGUGGGGACCUCCCGGCUGUGGAAAGAACGGCGAUUUCGAGGCGAUCCGACCCGAAGUGUUUAUUUUUCUCGUUGGUUUACAGACGACUCUGGCCCACAUCAUUGCCAGCUCCUGUAAAAAGAAAGGCACGGCACGCUUCGUGACCCUCUCGGCCACCAGCACGUCGACCAACGAGGUGCGAGAGGUGAUCAAGCAGGCGCAGAACGAGCUCCGACUCUGCAAGAGGAAAACCAUCAUGUUCAUCGACGAGAUCCAUCGCUUUAACAAAUCCCAACAGGACACGUUUCUGCCUCACGUGGAGUGCGGGACGAUCACGCUGAUCGGAGCGACCACGGAGAACCCGUCGUUUCAGGUGAACAGCGCCCUGCUGAGCCGCUGCAGGGUUCUGGUGCUCGAGAAGCUGAGUGUGUCGGCGAUGAGCUCGAUAUUGUGUCGGGCCGUGGAUUCCCUCGGGCUGAUCGUGUUACCGGACGACGGUUCAGGUCCGGACUGCUCUGCAGAGGGGAAGGUGUGUAUCGAGCAGAAAGCCCUGGACACCAUCGCUCACCUGUGUGACGGAGACGCUCGAUCGGCUCUCAAUGGCCUGCAGCUGGCCGUGCAGGCGUGUGUGAACAAGACCCUCAACGCGGAAACACACACUCCUCAGACCACCGUGGUCCAGGAGGAGCAUGUCAAAGAGGGAUUACAGAGAUCACACAUCCUGUACGACAAAGCAGGUGAAGAACACUACAACUGCAUCUCAGCCCUGCACAAGUCAAUGAGGGGCUCAGAUGAAAACGCUGCCCUCUACUGGCUGGGCCGGAUGUUGGAGGGAGGUGAGGACCCGCUGUACGUGGCGCGCAGGCUGGUGCGCUUCGCUAGCGAGGACGUAGAAUAUCCUACAGUGUGGCUCUUGUUUAAGGUUUGGCCGAUCCUGCUGCGCUCCCACAGGCCGUGUCUGCGUUCCAGGCCUGCCACUUCAUCGGUAUGCCUGAGUGCGAGGUGAUCCUAGCGCAGUGUGUGAUGUACCUAGCCAGGGCUCCUAAGUCUGUCGAAGCAUAUAAAGCUUAUAACAAUGUUAAGGCCUGUCUGAGGAACCACAAAGGCCCUUUACCCCCAGUGCCGCUUCAUCUCCGCAACGCUCCAACCAAGCUAAUGAAGGAGUUAGGUUACGCUAAAGGCUACAAAUACAACCCAGCAUUCAGCGGGCCAGUGGACCAAGAAUAUCUCCCGAAGGAACUCCGCGGCAUCAGCUUUUUCACCUGGACGCCAUCUGACUGAUGAACUCGCACCACUUUCUCUAUGUGAAAGUGUUGGCUGCUUUAUUUACACUUUUGCCACUGUUUGUCUAAUUAAUAAUUAUACAAUCUGCACUUAAAUGCCAUGUGUGGUCUUUGUUCAUGACCAGUUUUUGUCACUUCUUAUAUUAAGUUUACUUUUAUUGUGUUUGUAAUUAGCUUACUGUAAUUUUUUUGUAAGUAGUUGUAAUGAAUAAUUAAAAAAAGACACAUUUUG